AUGGAAACUAAAGCAGAUAAUAUGUUAGGAGUACAAGUUACCAAGUUUGCUGUAUUUAAUGAAACCGAAGAGAAUUACCAUCGUUCUGUUCAUAUCUCUAUUGUGCAUUGGAUGUCUAGUCAUAUAGUUAUAUUGAUACUUUUACUAUUAAUGAUAGUUUGGUUUUGGUUCUUUGGAGACCGUGAUGAUCUAGCUUAUACCUUAGCCCAGGUGAAUAAAAAACAGUCAACAAACGAAUCCGGUCAUUCAGUACAUGCCCAUGAAACCCAAAAAGAUUUUAAACAUACACAUAGCCAAACUGGGUAUCGAAAAGCAUCAGUUUAUACUUCCAACGAAAUGGUUCAAACAGAAAAUGUUGAUGGUGACAACAAUGUGGAAAUCAGGACUUUUGAUGAAUGUUUAGAUAUUUUUAAGACUCAGAAAUCGGCUGAACAAUUAAAUGAUAAUGAAGUAUUAAUGUUAGUGAAAUCAAACCAUAUAAAACCGUACAUGUUGGAAAAAUGUGUCAAUAACCCAGAGAGGGGUGUUGGUCUUAGAAGAAAAAUAAUUGCAACACAAAGCAAUCUGACGGAAGCCUUAAUAGAAUUACCUUACAUUGGUUAUGAUUAUUCUAAAGUACUUGGAACCAAUUGCGAGAACGUUAUAGGAUAUGUAGCUGUGCCUGUUGGAGUAGCUGGACCAUUACUUGUGGAUGAUGCGUUUUAUCAAGUACCCAUGGCGACUACUGAAGGUUGCUUAGUGGCCAGUACAAACAGAGGAUGUAGAGCACUGACAAUAUGCGGUGGUGUAAUAACUAAAGUUGUCGAUGAUGGUAUGACUAGAGGACCCGUUGUUCGAUUUUCUUCAGUUACUACUGCUAGCGAAGCAAAAAUGUGGAUGGACAAUCCAGAAAAGUUCAAAAUAAUUAAGUCGGCAUUUGAUUCAACUAGCAGAUUUGCAAGACUCACAAAAUUACUUGUGCGUAUUGCUGGUCGAUAUCUGUUUAUUCGGUUUACAGCUUCUACGGGUGAUGCAAUGGGCAUGAAUAUGUUAUCCAAAGGAACAGAAAAAUCACUCAAAAUCAUCGGAGGAUACUUCCCCGACAUGGAAGUUUUAAGUUUGAGUGGUAAUUUUUGUUCAGACAAAAAGCCAGCAGCAGUCAACUGGAUUGAAGGCCGUGGAAAAUAUGUUGUUAGUGAAGCAAUUGUACCUUCAAAAAUUGUCACUGAGGUACUGAAAACUACUGUAGCAGCAUUGGUUGAUGUUAACAUAAGCAAAAACUUGAUGGGAUCAGCUAUUGCUGGUAGUAUUGGAGGAAAUAAUGCACAUGCAGCCAAUAUUGUUACAGCUGUAUACAUUGCUACAGGACAAGAUCCAGCUCAAAAUGUGGCUAGCAGCAAUUGCAUGACACUGAUGGAAGCAUGUGGUGAAGACCUGUAUGUAUCAUGUACAAUGCCUUCGGUUGAGAUUGGUACAGUAGGUGGAGGAACUUCAUUACCUGGUCAAUCUGCGUGUUUGGAAAUGCUUGGCGUACGAGGUGCAAACUCUCAAACCCCUGGGGCCAACGCUAAACGAUUAGCACGUAUACUGUGUGCAACAGUUUUAGCUGGCGAACUGUCGCUGAUGUCGGCUCUGACUGCUGGUCAUUUAGUAAAAAGUCACAUGAUUCACAAUCGGUCUGCUCCUUCCAUUCAGAAUUUAGAAUCUGAACCAUCCGAAUCAAACAGACAAUUUACAAACUGUGUGUCUUGA